AUGUUUAAAUUUCGCCAGGCAUAUGAAGAGCCUCUGGCGGAGAUUAUCAAGACGGAACUUGCCACUGCUGCUGCUAUCCAGAAAGCCGAAGACGCAGCUCUUGAGUUCACCAAGAAAGCCCCGAUCACGGCGACCCCGGAAAAUGAAAUGUUGAACAAGGCCAAAGCAGCUCGCGGGGACGCAAAAGAGGCCGCAGACCUUGCUGUCAAGGAGCUCGAGUCUUCUAGCGGUGGACCUGUGGGACUUCGGGCCGAGUGCAAUAUCUACUUUGUCCUUAAGGAUCCCGUUCGGGGAAACGACGCAGUGCGCGUUGGGAUUCAGGACUCAACCCUCAAAGUCUGUUGUUACCACGCCCUACCCGCCGAGGCCUCCACGCAGCAUUUGAUGGCCAGGUUCACCUUCAGCCUCGUCAAAAUCAGCGAGUUGGUCAAUCUUGAGCCUAAGGAGUCACCGCUCGAAAUGAUGAUCAAGGGUAACUUUGGCGAUAUGCUGGCGGCUAUCCCGAUUGACCGGCGUACCAAUUAUAGCCGCUUCCACUAUAUGCUGGCCGACAAUAAGCUUAGAGUGGGCGGCCAGUACUGGAUCUACCAGACGUCGACCAAGCCGUCUGCGGCCGGGCCCGUCUUUAUCGCCGAGGAGGAGAAGACCAACACCUGGAAUACUUCGGUCGAGCUGACUGAUCCCGCCACUCAGCUGGUGUAGCGAUGGAUACACCUUUACACGCGUGACGCGCGACGCGUUAGCAACGCAAAUAAAUUUGGAUUUAGAAGAAGAGCUACGAUUGUUUCUUGUAACAGACGGCGGAGAAUUCCUGGGUAGCACUGAACGGAGUGACCAGAAUCUACAAUCGAGGGAGGGGGACCGCUCAUAGUUAGGUUGGUAGACAUUCAAGGCAAAUCGCCGUGGUGCCGCGGGGUGGAUUGCUCAUAUAUCGAUCAAUAAAACAAAUGUACGUACCAUAUCUCUUGGAGGCCACUGAUAUAUUAUCCCCUGAAUCCUCAUCGGCAUGUCGAACCAAGCAUACUAUAACGCGACGACACGAGAUGGGCAAUGCGCUGCCGUAAAAAGCCAUGCCAGCAUCCUAAUAACCAGCCUAAUCAACGAUUAAGGUUUUUCCUACCUCUUGCAGCGGGCCGUGAAUCAGUUCCACAAACU